UUACUAAUUAGACCUAGUAGCGGAAUUCAGCCGCUUACAUAAAGUAUUUGGUUUGCGUCUCACUGGGUUAGGACAAGCUGAUCAUGAAUUACUUAUGGCUAAGCUGUUUGGUUUUUGCAGUUGCCACACCAUUUGUAAUGCCUGAAGAUAGUCAGAAUGAUGUCCAAAUUACAUGUGGGGAGCGUUCCGUUCAUGUUCAGUGGAAAGUGGACAAAUCGAUGACUGGAAAUCCUGCUCGUCUUUUCCUGGGUAACUGCUUUGCUUCAUACUUCUCAAAUCUGUCAAAUGAAGGAGGAGUUGCAGACUUCUACUAUGGACUUAAUGAUUGUGGCUUCAGACGAAUGGCAACAUUGAAAUACUUGGUGUAUGAGAACAAGGUAAACUACAGGCCACUGCCUAAGCCCAACCCUCCUUCUUUCAGCUAUCCAGUUAGAUGUGUGUAUGACAGGCCGAAGGGUUGGACUCCUGCUUUCCAGAGUUCUUCUGCUGGUUUUAUUCAGGGUCAUGGAGAACUGGCCUUUCACAUGGCAAUUCUCAAUUAUAAUUUAAGUGGCCCUGCAGAAUCCAAUGUCUUUCCACUGGGAUCUUUUGUUCCUAUUUGGGCUAGUGUUGACCAGCAAGCCCAUCAGCCUCUGCUGCUGCUUCUGGAGGAAUGUGUAGCCUCCACAACAUUCGAAAUCUACCCAGAUAGUCUUACAUACCCACUCAUCACCAACAAAGGCUGUCUCGUGGAUGGUAAGAAGAGCUUUUCAAAGUUUUUGCCAAGGCAACACUCUUCCUCGAUUAUUCUUAACCUCCAAGCUUUCAGCUUUGCUUUGGGAGAAGAGGUCUACAUCCAUUGCAAAUUAAUUGCAUGGGACCCUGACAACGUCAGCAACGCAAAGAAGGCCUGCAAUUAUAAUAAAGCCACAGGAGAGUGGGAGCUUUUAGAUGACCCAUUACGGAGUUCUGUUUGUCAGUGCUGUGAUACAACAUGUCAAGGCCGUGGAAAGAGGGACGCAGAAUCUGCACCUCAGGGACUGGUACUAAAGUCAGUGUUGGGACCUUUGACAUUUACAGAAGUUUCACCAUGAUGUUGCUCCGUGCCAUCCUUCCUCUUUUGCUGAGUGUCGGUCUAGUGAUGCAGUGGAUGACCAACAGGUC